AUGGAAAUUGCAAAGAAGAAAGGAGGGAAGAAACGUGGAGGGCAGGGCUUGAUCGAUAUAGUGUUCUCGUGGUCUUUAGAAGACGUGAUGAACAAAAAUCUGUACAAAGACAAGGUUAAGGAAAUUCCAGAUACCUUCUUGUCCGAGGAGCAUUAUCUCAAUUCAUUCAUGCAUCCCCUUCUUGAAGAAACACGUGCUGAUUUGUACUCAAACAUGACAGACUCACUCCGUAAUGCCCCGUCCUGUGAGGUCUUAGACUUAGGAACCGGCAAGGGUUUCAACCCCCCUAAUGAUCUGUUCUACGAGAUCCGCUUGAAGAGAACUAGAAAUGGUUAUGGUGAGAGUAAAACACCAUAUGAACCACAGGGUGGUGAACUAAUUGCUCUCUCUGAUGUGAGGCCUAAGCGCAUAGAGGACCUGAACAGACCAAAGAUAUCCUAUCUCAUAGCUGUAGUAGGAAGCAGGGAUGAUGAUGAUGAUUCAGAUUGGUUUCCAAUCCUAUCAUCAAAGCCCAUUAUCUUCCAAAAGAACAAUGAGGAGAAGAAAAAGGGAGAUGAACUUUUUAUUGUCUAUCUUACUAGUUUGGUUACAAAUAUUCGCAUAUGGAAUUCUCUGAAAAUGGACCUGGAAAGUGCUAACUUGAAUAUUAUCAGAACAGUGUUGCAAGUUCAUCAGGAUGAUGCAGCAAAUUCUGCCCCAGAAGAAAUUGAAGAGAAACAUGUCCAGGAUGAUAGAAAUUGUGACCUUUGUACCCAACAAGAAACUGAAUCUACUAUUUCAUUGAAUGCUAGAGCAGCCAUACACUCGUUUGGAUUAGAUGAUUCCCAGGAAAUGGCUAUUCUGAGUUGUGUAACAACAACACAAUGUGUGCACCGAAAUAGUGUUAAGCUAAUUUGGGGUCCUCCUGGGACUGGGAAAACAAAGACAGUUGCCUCCAUGUUAUCAGUCCUCUUCAAUAUGAAAUGCAGAUCUUUGACUUGUGCUCCAACAAACAUUGCAGUCAUUGGAGUUGCAAAGCGGUUUAUGGUAAUGGUACGAGAAAGCCUCCAAUAUGGGUCUUAUGGUCUAGGAGACAUUGUUUUGGUUGGUAACAAGGAAAGAAUGAAGGUAGUGGAUCACGAGGAUCUGUGGGAUGUGUUUCUGGCUUAUCGUGUCAAUGCUCUUGCUAGCUGUGUAUCACCUUCGGUUGGGUGGCAAGUUGGUUUGAUCUCGAUGAUAAGUUUGCUUGAAGAACCGGAAGUGUUGUACAAAAAAUAUUUAGAAACAGUAAAAGAGAAGGAUGAAGACAGUGAUGAAGAACCUGGGAGUGGAGAAGUGAAUGCUGCUGAGAAAGAUGGUUUGAUCACAAAGAAAGACUUGAAAAAAACAAGGAUAAGUAAUCCUUUGAACAAGUUCAUUAUUCAGACCAUAAAGGAAAACAAGAAGAAAAAAUCGAUAAGUAAAAAAUCUUCUCGGAACAAUGCUAAAUGUCAUAAAGGAAAGGGAUGCACUAGCAGAGAGGUAAAGAUUUGGACAUUUGAUGAAUUCAUUUUGAAGAAGUAUGAAUCUUUAGUGGAGCAAUUAGAGUUUUGUAUGAAAACCUUGUACACUCAUUUGCCCACCUCAUACAUCUCUCUGGAAGCAGUCAUGAAUAUGGUUAGAGCAAUUAAUUUGCUUCCAACUCUUGGAGCAUUGUUGAAAACUCUCUCUGAGACACAUGGAGGACUGAGAGAUGGCUUUAAGGGGACCGAUGCUGGAGGACACCUUUAUGCAUUUAGGACAGUAAAAUCGGAAUGCGUUGCACUGUUAACACUUCUUCGUGGCAGCAUUCGCCUCCCAAAUUUUUUUGAAAAAUAUGAAAUUCAGAGCUUUUGUUUGAAAAGUGCAGUCUUGAUUUUCUCAACUGCCUCAAGUUCAUCCAAGUUGCAUGGCAGUGCGCCAAUUGAGGUGGUGGUGAUUGAUGAAGCCGCUCAGCUUAAAGAAUGUGAAUCCACUAUUCCCUUGCAUCUACCCGGUGUUCGCCAUGCUGUACUCAUUGGAGAUGAGAAACAAUUGCCAGCAAUGGUUCAAAGCAAGAUUUGCGAGAAGGCUAAAUUCGGGAGGAGCUUGUUUGAGAGGCUGGUUAAAUUAGGACACAAGAAGCACCUUCUUAACAUUCAAUACAGAAUGCAUCCCUCAAUUAGUUUGUUCCCAAACAAGAAAUUCUACGAAGAGAAGGUCACAAAUGGUCCUAAUGUCACCAACAUAAGAUAUGAGAAGCGAUUUCUCAAAGGAAACAUGUAUGGACCAUAUUCUUUCAUCAACAUAAGCAAGGGAAGAGAAGAGUUUGAUGACAAUUGUAGUUGUAGAAACAUGGCAGAAGCUUGUGCAGUAGCCAAGAUUGUUGCAAUGCUUUGCAGAGAAUCUCGAGCUUCGAAACAAAGAGUUCGUGUUGGCUGCAUAUCACCUUACAAAGCUCAGGUCUUUGCCAUCCAAGAAAUGCUUGGCAAGAAAUACAGCACAGAUGUGGAGAGUGACUUCUCGGUGAAUGUACGUUCUGUAGAUGGGUUUCAAGGCGGAGAGGAAGACGUGAUCAUCAUAUCAACGGUUCGGUCUAAUGGAAGAGGAGCAGUGGGCUUCUUGUCCAACUUCCAGCGCACAAAUGUCGCCUUGACUCGGGCUAGAUACUGCCUUUGGGUUUUGGGCAACGGUGCGACCUUGAUCAAUAGCGGUACAGUUUGGAGGGACAUCGUCGUAGAUUCUAUUGCCCGCGGCUGCUACUAUGAUGCCUGCAAUGACAAGGACUUGGGAAUAGCACUUGCAUAUGUGUCUGAUGAGCUAACCACCAAGUUCUCUGCAAUGAGUCUUGGCCAUAAACCUGCCUUUGGAAAGAAGAAGAUUUUUGAGAAUAGAGAUCGGUUUUCAUACAAACAGAGACGGGGUUGAAGAGGAUUUAAGAGCUAAUCAAAAGUUCCAUUUGAAGAUUGGUGUUGACGAGUUUUAGAGCAUCCUCUAUAGUGAUGAUUUAUUUGAGGUUUUUGAAGUGCCAAUUAGGAGAGAGAGAGCAGGGAAAGAGAAGAAGGAAAAAAAAAA